AGAGAGCAUUGAACUGGAAUUCGAGCUUGGAACUGCUGCUGCGAGCGAGCGAGCGAGCACGCAUGCACUCACCUGGAAUAGGUUAAUGACGAUGGCCUCGGAGAAGUUGGAAGCCUUGGUGCUUUGACUACCUUGAAUGCUUAGAAUCUCUCUUAGAGCGGUAGGCGCAGACGGGCAACACGAAAGCACCGAGGCCGGUGUCAUUGCGCUGGAUAUAUGUGCGGCGCAGUGAGAUUGUGAGCAGGAACACGACGCGAGGAGAAUGGCGAGCCGGCGCCGGGCCAUUGGUUUUUUAGCCGCCGUUCUAUUCGUCACCGGCGCGGGCAUUUUCUCUGUGCACUCCAUGCAGAAGGAAGAGCGGGCGAAUCUUCACCAGGGCGUUAUCCGUGAUCAAGCCUUGAUGGGCUUGAAGGAGCAGCAGCGCAGAGAGCAGCAAGAUAAGGUUCCCACUCAGUCUGUGCAAUACUGAGUUGUCCGAGAAUCGAGUGCCAUCUCCCCCCGUGCUUCUUCCCCCUCAUUUCUGUCCGGUUUCGUCUAUCAACUUCUGCAAGGCUCACAUUUUCUCUUGCUUCUCUAUAGUUUGGACGAAUUGUAGGUCUUUGGAGCCUUUCGAGCAGCUGAUAGACAAUCCAUUAAUUACAGGCUGAUGCUACUAUCAACAAGAAUGAGUUUCAUGAAGUUGUGUGAUUUUCAUGUGCUGGGGUCCCAAUUACUGGCAUUCUAUCGAAAUACUAUGAGUGUCGAACGAGUCAUUCCAUCUUUCCUCGACGAUUUAUUGAUCAACUAUCGUCAUACUAUUAUCAACUACAUGUUGCAUCGAGGAUUUAAACGAAAAUAUGAGCCCUAAUCUGUUUCAAUUCUCAAAGUAUCCGACAUGCGAUCGUACCGCUAAAGCACUUUAUUGUGCAAGACUCUCGGGUCAUUCAUAAAUUUGAAAUUUGGUUAUUAAAGGCUUCUCAUACAAAUGACUUAAAAAAUCUACUUGAAGAGACAUGUUUUCUAUUGUCUUAACAUGGAGUCGUUUAUGUAGUGAGCUUGAGAUUUAAUUAAGUUAAUCGUGCCGGAAACUUCAUCUAAGUCUUGUUAAGUGCUCAUGCGCACUCGACAUUAUUCUGGAAUAUUGUCGAACGACUUUCUCUUUGACGUCGAUGGAAUCGGAGAUUUUCAUAAAGUCGGCAUAAGUUAGUGUUGCGGAACGUCGAAGCAUUACUUCAGCAAUGUUUGAUCUUUCUUUCUAGGAGAUAAUUACAGAUUUUUAAGGAUUCAAAUCUAGUGCUGUAAGUUUUGGACAAUACUGCAGCCAUGCAAUUCACAAAGCUUGAUGACUCGCCCAUGUUUAGGAAGCAGCUUCAAGCACUUGAAGAGAGUGCCGAGGCCCUGAGGGAGCGAUGUCAGCGUUUUUACAAGGGAUGUCGCAAAUAUACGGAUGGUUUGGGUGAAGCGUAUGAUGGGGAUAUAGCUUUUGCAAAUGCCCUGGAGACGUUUGGAGGAGGCCAUGAUGAUCCUAUUAGUGUGGCUGUUGGAGGACCUGUGAUGACAAGAUUCACUAUUGCGUUGAGAGAGAUAGGAACGUACAAAGAGAUCCUCCGUUCACAGGUGGAGCAUAUGCUGAAUGACCGUUUAACGCAGUUUGUGAGCAUUGAUCUCCAAGACGUCAAGAAUGUAAAGGAGCUUAGAAAGCGCUUUGACAAAGCCAGUUUACAUUAUGACCAGGUGCGGGAAAAGUGUCUAUCCUUAAAGAAGGAUGCAAAGCCAGAGAUCAUCAGCGAGUUUGAGGAGGACUUACGAAAUGCCAAGUCACAAUUUGAGGAAGCUCGGUUCAAUCUGAUGACGGCAUUGUCCAACAUCGAGGCAAAGAAAAAGUUUGAGUUCCUGGAAGCUGUGAGUGGCUCUAUGGAUGCUCAUCUCCGCUACUUUAAGCAGGGCUACGAGUUGUUGCAUCAGAUGGAACCCUAUAUCCACCAGGUAUUAGCAUAUGCGCAGCAAUCACGGGAAAGAGCCAACUCUGAGCAGGUGUUACUUGCAGACCGCAUGCAGGAGUAUCGGCAGCAAAUGGAAAGAGAUAAUCAGCGCUCGCUUAGUGUGGAUACCACGACCGGUGGUGAUGGAAUCCAAGCUGUUGGCCGCAGUUCACAUAAGAUGAUAGAAGCUGUUAUGCAGUCCACUCCAAGAGGAAAGAUACAAACCAUCAAGCAAGGAUACAUUUUGAAGCGUUCCUCAAAUUUGAGAGGUGACUGGAAGCGAAGGUUUUUUGUGCUGGAUAGUAGGGGAAUGUUGUACUACUUCCGAAAACAAUGGGGGAAACCAUCUGAUGACAAAACGAUCGCCCAUCAUACUGUGAAUCUGUUGACUUCUACAAUUAAAAUCGAUGCAGAACAAUCGGAACUUCGAUUUUGUUUUCGUAUAAUAUCGCCAUCAAAAACCUUCACAUUGCAGGCAGAAAACGCAAUCGAUAGAAUGGAUUGGAUGGACAAGAUCACCGGGGUGAUUGCGUCUCUUUUGAACAAUCAAAUAUCAGAUCAGCGGCCGUUUCGAAAUUCAAUGGGGCUUCACCAACGGACAGGUAGUGAGAGUAGUACAUUGAGUGCAGCAUCUUCUUCCGAGUACGAUGGCUGCGAAGACACGGCAUCGUCAAGGCCCUUCUCGAGCGACUCACAUCGUGAUCACAUCCCUCGUCGUGGCCCAAAAUUGAAGCAACAAGAAAGGCCUCUGGAUAUUUUGCAGAAAGUACCUGGUAAUGGUAUUUGCGCUGAUUGUGGCGCCAGUGACCCAGAUUGGGCUUCUUUGAACUUGGGAAUUCUGCUCUGUAUAGAGUGCUCAGGGGUGCACAGAAAUCUUAGUGUACAAAUUUCCAAGGUUCGAUCAUUGACACUAGAUGUUAGAGUGUGGGAGCCUUCCGUGAUUGGAUACUUUCAAUCUGUUGGAAAUGCAUAUGCCAAUACAAUAUGGGAAGAACUUUUGACUUCAGAUUUCAGAGACACAGAAGACAUUCGCGAUAAAGGUGUCAGGGAUGAAAGAAAUGGAUUUACGAAAGAUGUACGAGUGAAACCAAAAGCCAAUGAUCCCAUUGCUGUCAAAGAAAAGUUCAUACAUGCCAAGUAUGUUGAGAGGAGAUUUAUUCGGAAGUGGAAGCCUCAAUCAGGGGUUCCUCCGGUGGCACGACAAGUAUGGGAUGCUGUUUGGACUAACAAGCCACAGCUUGUCCUUCGGUUGUUGAUUACUGCGGAUGCCAACGUCAACACAACUUUAGAGCAAGCCAUGGGUGCUACUGAAUGGUCUCGUUUUUCGUUGACAAAUCUUACAGGUGUACUUUCACGAAAGGGGUCUGUUUCCUCCAGCUCUCGUGGUAACUGGAGUGGACCUCUCCUUUCCACCUCGCAGGAUUUUCCCCGACCUCAUUCAGCAGUUUCAAGCCCAUUGCGAGGUUCUGACUUAGCUGAGGAUCCAAGUCAUAGAGACGGGUCAAUCCAAGACUUCAAAGAUUUUCAGGGUUGCACUUUAUUGCAUGUUGCAAGUCAGAUCGGGGAACUAAAUUUAGUUGAGCUACUACUUCAGCAUGGUGCACAAGUUGAUAUUGUUGAUUCGUUUGGUCGAACAUCUCUUCAUCAUUGCAUUUUGAAGGGAAGGAACGAAUGUGCAAAGCUCCUUCUUACAAGAGGAUCAAAACCAGGUGCACUAGACAACACUGGAAAGACCCCACUCGAGCUUGCAGUAGAGAAAGGAGCGAUAACUGACGAUGAAUUAUUUUUGAUGCUUUCUGAACUAAACAAAUAAUAUCCUGGCUGACGCAAUUUGAGAUAUGUUCUCGUGUAUGUACUGCAAUGGUUAUACUGGAUCAAUGUAGGGAUGUAGUUGAUUGAUGUCUAUUUGUCUUCCUUUGUGCAUAUAGUGAUUAGUUAAAAAAUUCUAAUAUAUAAUCAUUGUUAAGAUCCUGAGGGAUGGAAUGGGUGAACCAGAACAUGUCAGUUGGCAUGUGUGAAUUUCCUUUGUCCAUGUUGGACAAGAAACUUUAAAAACUUGAGGUAGGAGAGGUAGAUAGUUCGUCUUCCACCGAAUUAUUUGUAUUUAGUUAAUCCUAAGCGCAGGGAGUUGCUGAUUUCUUCAGUAGCAGGAAAGAAUGAGAAGCGUUAACUGCGCUUUAUGCAAUGAUUUUGGGGAAGGAACUCCUUAAAUUCGUUAUGUGAGUCGGGCAAUAGGAACUAGGAGUGUGGGUCCUGGUAACUGGUCAAAGAUUCUACUCUUUUUCUCUGCAUGGCACAGUUAGACUCAACAUCAGCUUCAUUAGUUUUACUUAUUAGUUUGUUUAUAUAGACACAUGUUCCCACAUUUCAUCUUGAACCCGAAAUCUACACUUUCUGUGUUGAAGUUUUUUUUCUGA